AAGUAGUGCUUGUAUUAAAGAGAGGUAAUGAGUGACAGAAAAUAAAGAUGGGAAAAGAACUAAGACAUACUAAACUAUUAUUGAAGAAUCCUGAAUUUGAAACCUCUAACAGUUUUUGUAACAAUUCUAAGUGUAGAUUUCAAUUAUUUUCUCAGAUAGGUUACCUAUGAUUAUUUUUAUCUGAAGGAAGAAUAAAACGCGGAGGCACAGUGAUGUGCUCCCUGGUCCUAAAAGGAGACAGGAAUAAAUUAAGGAACUUGCCUCAUCUUCACACCCCGAAGUAGGCUGUAUAUCUGUGGCUUGUUUAGAAAUAGGAAUAGGUCCAGCUGCAAAGCUGUGCUCCAGAUUAUGCCUUUCUCUAAUGGUAGAGGGUACUUGCAUCCAGAGUUUUAAUUUACAUCUAUGUUAUGUUGUAAGUACUCAUUGGCAGCCAGUUUAACUCCCUACUGUUUACGUAGACACAAGUCACAAUUUACAAGUAGGUGAUCUAAAGCAGGGCAGGCCCUCGGAAGAAACCAGUACAGGUAAAAGGAACUGAAUGCAAUAACGCAGUUUGUAAGCUAUGCGGAUGGGAGAAUGGCACAUACAGUGUUCUGUGGUCAUUACUGGUCCCAAAACAAUGAUUUACAAAGUGUCUGACGGUGUUUGGCAAAUCAGAUGCCGUACCUGCUUAAUGCAAACGGAAAAAUAUCUUUCAGUUGCUGCCAAAACAUGGAAACUGUGAUUCAUGGUUUGUAGAUCAUUAGGACACUUGGGAGCUACUGGAAGGUACUGUGGAAGGCAUUACUCAACUUUCAGAUUGAAAAAUUUCUUCAGAAACUGCUAACAAUUCUGUAAGGGUAAUACAUGCGUGAAAAUUGUCAUUCAUAGUACUGUCUUGGGAUGAAUAUGUGUCAAAGGAAGGCAGAGAGACGAGCUUUCCACGUUGGAAGAUGAGCAUGCACUCCUGUGCCCUGUAAGUAGGAGAGCAGUCAGCAAACUGAGGAACAGCCGCUCCACCUGUGACCUGAACUGGCAGCUACUGCAGCAUUUGGUUAGUGCAUACAUUAAAAAAAGAUUUUAUUUUAUAAAUGAAAGUAGGCAGGUGAUAACCUGUAAUGAAUAAGAAACCAGACAGUGAAAUGAUACAGGAGAUUAUGAUUUUGCCUGUUACCUUCCAUCAUACAAGGAGGUGGAGGAGUGGGAAUGUCCUAGCUAAGGAGUGGGAUUUGCCCAAGAGAAAUGGGAGUAGCAGUAACUGCCCUAUGGAGCAAUCUUUCUAGAGACUGUUAGUCUGUCCUGCUACAACUCCUUGAGGAAGCUUAGUAACAUCAAUUUGUUCAUGUUUGGUGGACCCUUUUCUCAUCUCCACGUAGAUAUUAGUGUCAGAGUAACUGAACAACAUCUACUGGUCCCUUAGAAAGCACAAAGAAGUGCCACCACAUACUAACAAUACAGAUUCCUUCAUCCCACUCUGGCUCACUAUGUUCUGACCCCACAACUGGAAGGACAAAGAGGCUUCUGGGAGAGGCUGGUCCUCUGAGAUCUACCUCUGCUUGCUUUUUGCUUCCUCUCAUGAUCUGUCCUCUAAUGUAUACCUAUGUGCAAAUGCACGUUCCUUACAGAUACAUUUGCAUGCAUACCCUGAAAGUCUAAAGAAGGAAAACAGAUAGGUGGUGCUUUGUGCUGUAAUCCAUCAGGGAAGUCCAAGGUAGGAACUAUGCUUCAUGUUGGCUUUGUCUCUUCUCUGUUGUUCCAUCAUUAAGUAGGAGGGAAGGCAGGCAUCUGAGGAAUCAGUGCCACUCCCUGAAAAGUAAUUGAUGAAGGUGCAGCUUCUCUGGGAUUUGUGUAUUAUGAGGGGCCAGUUGUUUUGGAAGGAGAGCUUGUCUGUCAGGUUUGAUUUGAAUUUUGAAAAAGGGAGCAGCACACCGGCGUGUAGAAACCAGUAGACUCUGUGGAUUUAAGCUUCAGAUAGUGCCUGCUAUUGCUUCGGACUUCUUCUGCACUUUCUACCUGUAAUAUGGAAUCUCAGUUUGGAAUUUUGCUGAUGUUGGUUUUGGUGGUAGCUUCAUCGGGGCAGGAGGGUUGUACCUGUGCAACAAAUAAGUGGACGGUAUGCACGCAGGACGUAGCUGGGAUUUGCACCUGCACGCUAGUAGGUUCAAAUCACAGGGUAAAUUGUUCAACGCUGACUUCAAAAUGCUUGCUUAUGAAGGCACAGAUGAUCCCCCGCAAGGGCAAGCGUUUCCAUGGACCUCGCAAUGGGUUUGUAGAUAACGAUGGCAUUUACAAUCCGGACUGUGAGGACAGUGGUGUCUUCAAAGCCAGGCAGUGCAAUCAGACUGAUACUUGCUGGUGUGUGAACACUGCUGGAGUAAGAAGAACUGAAAAGGGGGAUAAAAGCCUAAGGUGCAGUGAACUGGUUAGAACAAGCUGGAUCUACAUUGAACUGAAGCACAAAAAAAUGUCCAGUGCCUUUGAAGAUCCCGAAGUAGCAAAUGCCCUGGAACAUCUGUUUCAGAACCGAUACAAACUGCAUCCAAAGUACAUCGCAGGUGUGAAGUAUAAUUCUCCUUUUAUCCAAAUCCGCCUAAGUCAAAAGGACUUUGAGAAAUCUGACAACGAUGUAGAUAUCGCUGAUGUAGCUUAUUACUUUGAAAAGGAUAUAAAAGACAACUCCAUAUUUCAUUCUGCCAGUACAUUUAAUGUCUCUAUUAAUGGAGAAGCUCUGGCUAUUGAAAAAAUACUUAUUUACUAUGUUGAUGAAAAGCCACCAGAGUUUUCCGCAAGACGUAUGAUUGCUGGUGUUAGUGCUGUGCUGUCAGUGGUCACACUGACUAUUGUCUUUGGGGUUACUGUGCUGGUUAUCCUGAGGUGGCGGCGGACAGGAAAAUAUAAAAAAGUUGAGAUUAAAGAAAUGGGUGAAACGAGAAGACGACCAAAUUUACAGUUGCCUUAAUCUGAAAAAAAGAGAUGCAACUUCAACGAUACCAACAACAACAAAAGUAAAAAUUGCAAACUGAUUCGGUGUGUGCGGGUGGGUUUGGAGAGUGUCUUCCCUUUUGCUAGGGAACUGCUGGUGACUUCUAGAAUUUCUAGUGAUUGUUUUGAAUGAUUUUGGUUUAAGAAUGACUAACUUUUAGGUAUAAAUUCAUUUAGAAGCUAGUUCUUAACAUCUUUCAAAGAAAGGAGUCCCAGUUCAGAAGCUAAGAAAAUUGUUGUAACUGUCUAUUUAGCAUAAUUUAGAAUAGUUUCACUGAUACUGUGGGCCUGGUUCAGCUUGCUUAAAUACUUUGAGUGUCCUUUGGUAUGUCUAGCUACUGAAACUUGAAUACUUGCUGUGUGACCCAAAUAAGCUAAGGUAGGUUUUCUGUUUUUAAAGAAUUUUUUGAAGAAGUAAGUGUUUUUUAAAGUCAGUAGAACUUUUUUCAUAAACAAUUAAUUUCAUAACUAUUGCUAAAUUAACCAAGUCAGGUUGUGAUAAGGUCCUUACUUUACAACAUCAGAGGCUUUUAUACAGAAUCGUUUGUUAGAAAACAUUAACACAGUUACUUCCAGGUGCACAGAUGCCAAGUUCCUGACACUGUAUUCAGACAGCACAGUGAGCUAUUCCCAUUCGUGCUUUUCAACGAGGGUGCGACGCUUGUAGUCGGCAAAGAUCCUGUGAUAUCAAUGCAAACGUAAGAAAGUUAACUUUGGUGUUCUGCCUAAAUUCAGACUUGGGUAAUUGUUUUCUGUCUACAUAAAUUCCCCUUGCAACUGUAAUGGGAGGAGAUAUUUUUAGGGUUUAACAGCUUCACAGGAAUGCUACACAAUGUUCCAAGACCAGUUGCAAAGAGAACUUUACUGUAUUAGAGCUGCGGGGGGCAUUUAAACUGAAUGUAAUUAUUGGAGUUGGAGUUUGGCCAAGACACUAGAACCAAACUUCUUCGCUACCUACUCAUCUAUUGAGUUUUUUGUCUGGUAGGUCAUAUACACCAAGAAAAGUAUUUUUAGAAAGAAAGUAAUGAUAGUUAUUAAAAAUUGAAAUAUUGGCCGUUGUGGUCUCCACACUGUGUAUGGAUGUCUGAAGUCUCAUCAGCCUAAUCUAGUUGCAUUUAAAAAUCCACUGGUUACAUUCAAGACAUAUAGGCAGUCCAGAAGAGUCAGCUCUUUAGUUCUCUUAAUUAGUCUCAAUGGCGCUAGUUUGUAAUCCUAAAAACAAUUCAGUAACGUGCAACUUCUAGAGCAAAUAACUUACUAAAUGCACAUCUCAAAUUCUGCUGUAGUGUUCAAAAACGCACACAAAAAUGCUCCCCUUCCUCCCGCCUUCCCCAUCCAAAUACUUGUGUAGGUUAAUUAAUAGGAUGCUGGAAAGAGAAUGAAAAAGCUUGGAUUUUUUUGUACGUUUGUUUAUGACAGAAAAUGAACAGACUUACCAUUCUUUAGUAUUUGUGGCUGGAACACAAGCAUCUCUAACCUAAUUGUUGUUCCCUUCUUUGCUGGAAACACUUGAGCUUUGGAUACGUGGGAUGGGGCAGAUGUAUCACAUUUCACAAAAAUUAGAUUUCAUGCAAUGGCAUCAAUUAUAAUAUAUUCAAAGUUUUGGAGCAGGGCUUAUGAGUUACUGCAUGUCUUACCGCACCAAGUCCGAGCUGGUAGUUUUUUAGUGAAGUAUAAACAUUAGUACUGAUAAAAGACAAGGUAAAAACCAAGUAUCUAGGCUGAAUUCUCCCAAGUUACAGGGAAGUUCAGAACUUAGCUGAACUCCACACACCGUUUUGCAAGUAGCCUUUUAUAAAAUGGUUUGAACCAAAAAUCUGGAGCUGGGUAUCUCUCAGUCUUGGAGAAAUCUGGGAUCAGUAUGACAAUUUUGUUUAACCACUUUUGUUCUUAAGUUAACAUAUGUGGAGCUACUUAAAGCUCUCCGUUUGAUAUGUUAGUGGUGUCACUCCCUCAAAGAAGGUCCGAUCUGGAGGAUGGUAAAGCACAUCUUCCCUUCCUUCCAUGUCAUGGGAUCUGUCUGGAGGGCUGUCCUCUCUAUUACUGAGAAUUUACUGAAGGAGUGGUACAGAAGGUGCCAAGAGAACUAUAAUUGAUUAAACAAUAGAGGCCAAAUUCUGCUCUUCAUUUUACUUAUAUCUACUUCAACUAGGCAAUUAGUUUAACUAGAAUGCAAACUUCUGGAAAAUAAGAGGCAGGAUUUACUAGUGUAGGCUGAAAAUCAUAAGACAUGCAGUCUUUUCUGGGGGAGAUGUUGUGACUUUUAACAGUCUUCUAACAUCUCUUCGGUUUUCUUAUUUGUCUUAUGAAAAUAAUCUUUUUUAAGAUGAAAGAUGAGAUUUUUAUAUUAAAAUAGAAUAUAAAACCAUUAAGCAGGAAGCAAUAUAUAAGCAUAUGGUCAUAAUUCUCAUUAGCUGAGACAAAGUGACUAAAUUGUUUUAAAAACAAAAAUGUUAAUAGGUAACGGUUUGUGCGCAUCUGUCUUGGGCUCCUGCUUUUCUUUUUAGAAACUGAGUUUGAGAAGAGACCAUGGUUAAGUUAUGGUGCUGUUCAUAUAUCUAAUGGUCAUUAAAGGCCUGCCCAAUGAAAAACGUGUUUUGGUCAGUUAUCCUUGCUAGUCAUCAAGAACUAGCAGACUGUGCAUGCUGUUACGGGGUUGGAAAAGCACUAGGGAUGUUUAAUGGCAGUGAUAAGGUACGUGUCUGCAACUGAUAAAAAGAAAAGGAAGAUUAAUUGCAGUACAGAGCACAGAGAAACAUCUCUUUGGAUUAUGUCAUUUACUCGAAAAAAGCUAUGUAAAACUAUUGUAAGAUUUGGACUUUAAUAAACUAAACAUACUCUCCUA